AUGGCUUCAACUAUUGAUGAAAAGAAAAACCCAGCUGAAGUUGGUAUUAAAACCAAAGGUGGUAACUCUGCCUUCCACAAUUAUUUGAAUGAUUUCAGUCAUAUUGAUGAUCCAUUAGAAAGAAGAAGAUUAGCUUUGGAAAAAAUUGAUCAAGCUUCAUUUGGUUGGUAUCAUGUUAGAGCAAUCACUGUUGCAGGUGUUGGGUUUUUAACUGAUGCUUAUGAUAUUUUCGCUAUUAACUUGGGUUUAUCAAUGAUUGCCUAUGUUUACUGGGGUGGUUCAAUUCCUUCAUCAACUUCAACUUUAUUAAAAGUUUCCACUUCUGUUGGUACUGUUAUUGGUCAAUUAGGUUUUGGGUUCUUAGCUGAUUAUGUUGGUCGUAAGAAAAUUUAUGGUACUGAAUUAAUGGUUAUGAUUGCAGCUACUGUUGCUCAAUGUGUUAUUGGUGAAUCAAAAGCUAUUUCCUUCCCAGCUAUUAUGACUUUUUUCAGAAUUAUUCAAGGUAUUGGUAUCGGUGGUGAUUAUCCAAUGUCUUCAGUUAUUUCUUCAGAAUUUGCCACAACUAAAUGGAGAGGUGCCAUUAUGGGUGCUGUUUUCGCUAACCAAGGUUGGGGUCAAUUGGCUGCUGGUUUAGUUGCCUUAAUCUGUGUUGCAGGUUAUAAAGAUCAAUUAAUUGUUGCGAACAAAGCUUCUGAAUGUACUGGUGAUUGUAUUAGAGCUUGUGAUCAAAUGUGGAGAAUCUUGAUUGGUUUCGGUUGUGUUCCAGGUUGUAUCGCUUUAUACUAUAGAUUAACUAUUCCAGAAUCCCCAAGAUAUACUUUAGAUGUUGAAUAUGAUAUUGAAAAAGCUGUUGCUGAUUCUGGUAAAUUUGCUUCAGGUGCUCAUGGUAAUGCUGACAAUGAAGAUGUUCAACAAUUAAGAGUUACUGAAAGAGUUAAAGCUGAAAUUAUUCAACCACCAAAAGCUUCAUUCAAAGAUUUCUGUACUCAUUUUGGUCAAUGGAAACAUAUGAAAAUUUUAAUUGGUACUGCUGGUUCAUGGUUUAUGUUGGAUGUUGCUUAUUAUGGUUUAGGUUUAAAUACCGCCACUAUUUUACAAACUAUUGGUUAUGCUUCAUCUAAAAAUGUUUAUCACUCAUUAUAUAACCAAGCUGCUGGUAAUUUGAUUUUGAUUUGUGCUGGUUCUAUUCCAGGUUAUUGGUUCUCUGUUGCUACUAUUGAUACUAUUGGUCGUAAACCAGUUCAAUUGGGUGGUUUCCUUUUAUUGACUAUUAUCUUGUGUAUUAUUGGUUUUGGUUACCAUAAAAUUGGUGAACAUGGUUUAUUAGGUUUAUAUGUUAUUGCUCAAUUCUUCCAAAAUUUCGGUCCAAAUACUACUACUUUUAUUGUUCCAGGUGAAUGUUACCCAACAAGAUAUAGAUCUACUGCUCAUGGUAUUUCAGCUGCUUGUGGUAAAGUUGGUGCUAUUAUUGCUCAAACCGCUUUAGGUACUUUAAUUGAUCACAACUGUGCUAGAGAUGGUAAAAAGAAGAACUGUUGGUUACCACAUGUUAUGGAAAUCUUUGCAUUAUUCAUGUUGGUUGGUUUCUUUAUCUCUUUCUUAAUUCCUGAAACUAAAAGAAAAACUUUGGAACAAAUUUCUGAAGAAGUUCAUGGUGAAGUUGAUCCAUCAAAAAUGGCUAGAUCAAAUGCUGAACAUUAUCCAGAAACUAGUUCAGGUGAUCACAUUGUUUGA